ACCCUAGGGUUUUCCCCGCCGCCGCCCAUGGCCGCCUCCCCGGACCGCGCCAAUGACGACCUCCGCCGCCUCCUCGCCGUCGACACGCCUCCACCGCCCCAGAUCGCCAAAGAGAAGCAAGGCCUGGAUACUGACAUGCCACUUUCUCCUCAGUGGCUUAUGAAGGAUCCCAGUUCACAGGGUUCCCGCUUAGAUGCUACUAAGACAUCGGGGAAUGGUGAAGACAUGGGCUCCAGUGCGAAGAAAAAGGAUGUCUUCAGGGCUUCUGUGCUUGAUGGUGAAACUGGGCGUCGUGACCGUUGGCGUGAAGAUGAACGGGAACCAAAUUCAGGCCCUCGGUGGACUCGCUGGAGGGAGACAGACAAGGAACAUGGUGAUACACGGAAGGUUGAAAAAUGGUCGGAUGACUCGUCCAAGUUUUCUGUGGAUGGCCGUCGUGCUCCACAGGAACGCUGGGGUGAUUCCAAUAACAAGGACGGCAACUUUGACCAACGCCGUGAGGGCAAGUGGAGCACUCGCUGGGGUGCCAAUGAUAAGGAGUCUGAAAAUUGGCGUGACAGGUGGGGCGAUUCAGCCAAAGAGGGCGAUGCUUCCCGUGAUAAAGGUUUUUCCCAGUUUGUGACACAUGGAAAAGAUGGCAACAAUCAUGAGAAGGAUACUGAAAGAGAUGAUAAUAUCUCUCGAUCAUGGAAGUCUAGUCAUCCUCUUGGCCGUGGUCGGGGAGAUUCAUCUUAUCACCCCUCACAGACUUCACAAAAACCAUCUUCUAUGUAUGGGUAUGGUAGAGGGAAACCAGACAAUGAAAUCUCCGCUUUUCCAAGUUCUCGUGGAAAGUUUACACCCAGUACUGGUAGUACAAAUAUUGGCAGUACUGGAUCGUCACGGCCAUUCCAUCUUGGUCUACUUUCUGACAGACCUGGUGGCGCAUCAGGGGAUCGCACAGCAUUUAGAUAUAGUAGGAUGAAACUUCUUGACAUAUACAGAACAACUUCACAUGUUACUGACUUCAAGAUGCCUUCUGAUGUUUGUGAGGAAGUGUCCGCAUUUCUCCAAGAAGAAAUGUUGGAGCCUUUGGCAUUAUUUGCUCCUACAGCUGAAGAAGCGGCUGUUUUAAAAGCAAUUGACAAAGGGGAAGUCAUAAACAGUGGUGUCUAUCAGGUUUCCAAAGAUGGUUCUGUUGGGAAAAGUAAUCCUGAUGGGGUGCCUAUAAAACAAUCUAAAUUAGGUGGUAGAGAUGAUCAACCUGGAAACACAGAAGAUUUGAAGGGAGAAACAUCUGGAAGUCUCAGGGGUGUUCCUGGAAAUGUUGAUUUGCUGCGGACAGAGACACCUAGUUAUGUUGUUCCACAAAGAUCUCGGUUUGUUGGAGAGCAUAGGCUUGGACCAACUGACUUUCCGCAGCAAAUACCCAAUGUGUUUGAUCAAGAAAGUAAAGUAGCCGGGAUGGCAGGUGUUGAACCUUAUCCUAAUCCAGAAGGUCUUUCAUUACACUACAAAGAUCCACAAGGUCGAAUUCAAGGCCCUUUUUCUGGUGCUGACAUCAUUGGAUGGUUCGAGGCUAGCUAUUUCGGUAUUGAUUUGCUGGUUCGUGUUGCAAAUGCACCUCCUGAUGCUCCUUUCUUAAUGCUUGGGGAUGUUAUGCCUCACCUACGAGCGAAGGCAAGGCCACCUCCAGGGUUUAGCACCACAAAAUCCAGUGAUAUGCUAAUGCCAGAGGCUACACCUACGGGGAAGUUUGUCAGCUCCAGUAGCACACAUGAUGGAUCAGCUGGUGUUGGUAUUUUCAACGGUGGGCCAAGCAGGAAUGGCGGUGCAGUUGAAGCCCAGAAUCGUUUUCUGGAGUCACUUAUGUCUAAUAGUAUGCAAGGUUCUUCAGCUGCUAUGACUGGAGGGCUGAAUGAAUACAGCAACAGUAGCUUCGGCAACAUUGCGAUGGCUGGAGGGGAGAGCGGGAACAGCAUGAAUUAUUUUCUGGCGCAGCAAAGAUUGUUGGAGAGACAAAAAUCGUCCCAAAACACUGUUCCAUAUUGGUCUGGAGAUGGCAAUCAAGCUGCACAAGCACAGAAUAAAGAUAUAGCUUCAGAAGUGUCUGCUCUGCACUCUAAAGUGCCCAGUUCCAUGGCUGAUCCAUCUCGUCAAGCUUCACAAUCUCAGAAUGUUGACUUGCUAGCUAUGCUUCAUUCUGCGGAGAAACCUAAAGCACCUGCUGGAUUGCCACCAUGGUCAAACUAUCCUGAAGCCAAAAAUCUUAAUCCUAACCUUCACGUGGAUCUCACUCAAGGACCACUUAACAUGCAUCAAAAUCUGCAGAAUUCUCAGCAAAUGGCUACUGCUGGUCAACAACAGAACUUCAUGCCACAGAACCAGGCACCAAGCCAUUUGCCACCUGAGAAGUUGCUUGCUGAGAUAUCUCAAGAUCCACAACUCUUGCACAUGUUUCAACAACAGUAUCUGCUAUCACAACUACAGUUGCAAUCGCAGCCACCAGUGACACCUCAGCCUCAGCCACAACUCUCAAUGCUGGACAAGAUGAUAUUGCUUCAGCAGCAACAGCAGCAACAGCAGCAGCAGCAGCAGCAGCAGCAGCAGCAGCAGCAGCAGCUGCAACAACGAUUACAGCUUGAGCAGCAGCAGAAGGUGUUACUGCAGCAACAACACCUAAUUUCUCAAGUUGCACCUCAUGGUCAUUCCAACCAGCAGCUUGAUGGCCCUUAUGGGUCAAAGCAUACUUCAUUGCCAGCUGGUGAUUCCAUGAACCUUGGUGUUAGAAAAAUUCAAGAUGUUCUUGAAGUUGAUCGGAUUUUGACUAACCAUGGUACAACACAAGGGCAACAAUCUAGUCAAGCAUUUAUGAAUAUGAGGGGUAUGGAGGGUGUUGGAUUAACACAAAACUCUGUACCUACUGUGCCAAUGCCUCAUGAAAUUUUUAUGGGUGUGCCUCCAAAAGAACGGUAUUCCUAUCCUCAGAAGUCGGAAAAUUUUGCAAGUACCAACACUCAACCUAAUGCAAGUAUGGUCAACCCGAUGCUAACAGAAGUUGCAGAAAGAUAUGAAGAGAAGUCUGCUAACUAUCAACAAGUUGGAAUAGACAAAGCUGAAAGUAAGCCUGAAAAUAUUUUUAGUUCACGUUCUAAUGUGCGUAGCAGUUCAGCUCUUAGUGAGACACCGCCGAAUCCAUUAUUGGACAUCAUGUCACCUCAUAACCGUGUCCAGGAAAUGAAAGAUGCCCCUACUCCAGUUGAGCUAACUAUGGAAGCUGAUGCAAAAGCUCCUGAUACACAAGAGAUGAAGAAAGCAGAAAAGAAAAAGAAGCAGAAGAAGAAGCAGACAGCUGUAGAUGUUGGCAAAGCAGCCCCAAAGACAGUUUCCCAGCAGCCAAGACUAGAUGCUGAAGGUGAUGGAUCAAAUCAGGGUAGUACUAGACAUGGUUUGCCAGAUGAUACAGAGGAUCUGUUUUGGGGCUCUGUCAGAGCGGAAAGCUCUUCUAGAUCUGUUGGACCUCCGCUGGGCUUUGAAUCAUCUGCGAAUUUUCCUCCCAAGAGUCUUCCCGAGGAGUAUGAUGUCAGCAGAGCUGAAUGGGAGCAUAGUGCUCUAUCUGAGCCUCAUGCUGCGGCAAGCCAAAAAGGUUGGAAACCAACCCAAGGACCCAGACCUAAGUCAUUGCUGGAAAUUCAAGCUGAGGAACAACUAAGAGCACAGAGGGUAGCUGCGGACAAUAUUAAGACAGCUGUGCCAGUGGUAUCUCUGCCAUCAGUUCCUUGGAGUACCAUGUCAGCAUCUUCCGAGCAGCAGUUUGGGGGUGCAGGUAGAUCACUGGGUGGCCAAGAAAGUGCUGGCGACUCAAGGAACAAGAGAAGCCAGUUGCACGAUUUGUUGGCAGAAGAAGUUCUAGCAAGGUCUAGUAAUGCAGACAAUGAGAACACAAGUAGUGCUAAUGAUGUUUCGUUUCCUCCUUUGUCACCUGCUGUUGUUCAGCCUGAUGCUCCUGCUUUUGAUGAUACUGACUUUAUUGAGGCCAAGGACUCCAAAAAGAACAAGAAAAAGGGAGCAAAGUCAAAGGGACCUGCUGUAAAAGCCCCAUUUCCUGUUGGUUCUGUUGAAUCAGCAAUCUCUAUACCUGCUGAAAAGGUCAAAUCUUCAAAGCAAGCACAACUAGAUAAGGAAAUACUACCGGCUCCACCAAGUGGUCCAUCCUUUGGAGAUUUUGUUCCGUGGAAGACUGAUCAGACAAAUUUUGCACCUGCUCCAGCGUGGUCCACUGAUGCUGCAAAGAUGCACAAACCCUUGUCUCUGCGAGAUAUUCAGAGAGAGGAAGAAAGGAGAUCAGGUGUUGUCCAGCAACAACCACCCUCACCAACUCCAGCAAAGGUGUCUAUGAACCAACGGAAUCAUGUUAAUGUUCCUUCUAGGCAAGCUUCUGGCUCUUCUCCAUCAAAGACAGUUGCUCCUGUCCAGAUGAGUUCCAAUCCUUCCAACCGUGCCAAGUCAAAUGCCGAAGAUGAUCUGUUUUGGGGCCCUUCUGACCACUCCAAACAAGAUAUGAAACAGUCAGAAUUCCCAAGUCUUUCAAGUCAGAGCAGAAGUUCCAUAACUAAAGACCAGGCUCCAUUGAAUCGUCAGAAGUCUCAGGCUAGCAAGUUACCACUUUCAACGGCUCCUACUGCCAAGCUAACCGGGAAAGGCAAGACGGAGGCAUCAAACAAGCAGACAGAGGCAAUGGACUUCAGGGAUUGGUGUGACAGCGAGUGGUCCAGGCUCACCGGAACAAAUGAUACAAGUUUCCUUGAGUUCUGCAUUAAGCAGUCGGCUGGUGAAGCAGAAACGCUUCUCCGGGAGAACGUUGGCUCUCUCGACCGCAACGGUCAGUUCAUCGACAAGUUCCUCAACUACAAGGCGUUUCUGUCCAAAGAGGUGAUCGAGACAGCAUUCAGAGCCCCCAGCAACCGCCCUCGUGGGGAUGCCACCUCGCGCCUGAACCCUGUUCCUGCAGCCAAAGGAGGCCCAAGUGCCGAAGCAGAACAGGACGCCGGAGGAAAGAAGAAAGGGAAGAAAGGGAAGAAGGUGAGCGCAGCAGUCUUAGGAUUCAAUGUAGUCAGCAACCGCAUCAUGAUGGGUGAGAUCCAGAAUGUGGAUUAGUAGGUCUGCAUAGAAUGAUGGCACCGCGCUGUACAUACUUUCGGCGCUCUCAGAUAGAUUGUUUAGACUUGUUGCGAUGGCAACCGAGCUUAUGAGGUGAUUUUCGUCUCUCCUUUCUCGAGAUGCGUGCAAGCUGCCCAAUUUUGGCUUCCUGUAAACUGACAGCAGAUUUUGUUUCCGAUAGAACUUCACUCCAGAAUGAAGAACAUAGACCAAUUUUGUUU